AUGGGUGGAAUGUACGCGGGCCUUCAGUACCAUGGGACUUUCCCCCCGCCGCCACCCCGCGGGCCUUUUGCCUCACCUCCGCACCCGCAUACCCACUAUAUCGCCAAUUCACAACGUGCGGAAGGCGGACGGCUAGAUAUGUUGGGUGCAGGCGAAGGCACACUAUCGCCUCUUCAAGCCACGCCCGAUCUCCAUCACGCUCCACUCUUGUUGGCUACAGAGGCCCAACGAGCUCCAAUAGAGCUGAUGGCGUCACACGCAAGGCAUGCGCUAUCUCAUCACCAUCAUCAUCGUCGCAACGGCGUAGGGCCGCAUGCGCACGCGCACGGCGGAGUGGGCGUAGUAGGGGCGGGCUCUCGCGGACGUCCGUACGUUCGCACCGCGCCCAGGUGGACGCCGCACCCGCAUACCGUGCACCACAUACACGCACAGGGCGGAGGCGGUCUUGUGAACGCAUUACCUCAGUUACACGUCGCAUCGCCGCUGUCAUUACCGCCACCACCGCCUACCUACCAGGUGUUCCUGAAUCUCCUUGCGAUGCUGGGCGAAGCGAAGCCGAGAGGAUUGGCGAGGCACGAAAUCGAUCUGCUGCCCAGUUAUAAGUACUGCGAGCAGACUCAUCAAGGCGAACAAACCUCGUGCGUGGUCUGCAUGUGCGAGUUUGAAGCUCGACAGACGAUACGUGUGUUGCCUUGUGCGCACGAGUUCCACGCGAAGUGCGUCGAUAAAUGGCUACGGUCGAACCGCACCUGCCCCAUAUGCCGCGGCAACGCGUCAGAAUAUUUCAACAACUCCGAGUGA